AGCACCUUUGCAAAUAUUAUAACCAGUUAUUGUGACAUUUUCUACUCGUCCUCGCAUUCAAAGACGUCCUUGAAACAAAGGAGAAGACAUCGCCGGUCAACCCAUAUCCCAUCACUCGAAAAUGACAUCGUUCUUGGUAAAACCCGCCCUUCUUGCAUUCUUAUGCUGGCAGAUAUUUCAAGGCGAAGCUGCUUGGUAUCGAAUCAACUAUGGUCACCAUCCCGUAUGCUUCGAGGCCAGAAACAACCGUCCAGGUCACGUGAUAUACCGAGGUGCGCAAGGCAUGCUCGUCGGUGCCCUGAAGCUUGUUUACAGAAGCGGCGAGGUGAGGUGCGUCUCUGACGUCGCCUAUAACAGCCGCUGGGGUUGCCAUGGUUACAGCUCCUUUAAGGCAUACCCUUUGAACGUCAUCAUAACCGACAGACACGACAACGUGAUAUUUCCCCUGCAGCAGUUUAUAAAGCAUGGAUCAGGAUUGUGGUACACCAUGCCCGUAGUGGACGAUAAGCCUUCUGACGAGCUGGUCUUCUCCAACUUUGACUACCUGCUGUAUCUGCAUCCAUAUAUGGAGCUUAGGGUCUGGUUCGGCGAACACUUGAAGAACUGGUCCGAAAGCGAUAACCAGGGCAGGGUGUGUGUUGAUGUUUUCCCUCAAGUCAUCGGGGACAUAGGAGCGAGUGCUGGAGGGUCUCCCGGAGGAGGGACCUCAAGAGCGCAGGCCCUGCUGAAAAACCUGAAAACGAGCCUGAGUAGCAUCAUGCAGAAGAACUGGAAGUAAACACAAAGUAAACAGAAGAAUACGUUGUUAGCAUGUGCAUGAUUGUAAACAGUUCUUUGUUAUUUGUAGCUGGAAAAUCUAAUGUAAAAUAAACAGCUUGUCAGAGCAUCCCCUUGUAGUUUUUUCGGUUAUAUAGAUUGUAUUACUCACUAAACUGCCUCCUUCGUUGAAAACUAACUCAAGACUGCAAUAGGUUUGCUUUUUAUCAGAUUCUCAGUCUGUUGUUCUUUAAAAGAAUGCGCUGCAUGACUGAUGAAUUGCUGAUCACAGGGUAACCACUUACCGUGAUCACAGGAUUACCACUUACCAUGAUCACAGGAUUACCACUUACCUUGAUCACAGGCUAGUAGUCUACACAUGGUUAUCUAGUUACCUUCACAGGGUUAACAUUUGCCUUCGCCCGUAGAAGUCUACCACCUACGUUUUACUCUCACAUGAUUCCUUAACCACCCCCUGCCCCCUUCCACCCUAAGCCCCAACCUAAGGGUGAUCGACACUGUAUUUCUGAUUACAGAGUACCAACACGGAAAGGCAUAAACAUGAAAAGCCUGGAGCUAACUCCAAAACCCAACCGUGUAUCUAGCCUCUAGUCUCAUAUUGAAAACAACCGAUUUCUAUAACACUUAUUAAACUACCUACACAAAACCUAAAUUACUCUAUUAUGUGCAUCGAAGAUCUUGUUGUCGAGUUGAUCACCAUCGUAUGAAAUGAUAUCUUUCAGAAUACAGGUCAUGGGAAAAGGAAAAAUUAUUCCAAUUAAUUAGUACAUAACACAUAUGCUUAGACUAGUAAGGAUUUUGACACAUGAGGCUCAAAGCGUGGUUUACUCAAUUGAUCUUGGAUUAAAACGCCUCUGUCGGUCGAAAAGGCGUCCUUCUUCAAACAGAUGCUCCUUGGGCCUCAACGACACCGCAAAUACCUUAAAAUAUUCAACAUCAGCAUUAAUACAGUGGAUUUACCCAAGGACCUCAACAGAAAGCAAUUUAUACAAUUACGUUUUAGUAUAAGGACCUGUAUACAAGGGCCUUGAUACUAGGACCUCUAUUAGUGACUGUAUACAAGGACCAUCGAACAAGGGCCUUGGUACAGUUAUCCUAAUACAAGGAGAUUUGUACAAGUACUUUUGUAUAAGGACAUAUAUUAGACGUGCCUUAGAAAAGAGACCCUACCUUAUACAAGGGCCUUCACAUGGGGUCCUUGAUAUAAGAAAGACCUUCACGGAUUUGAUCACAUCGACAUAUCUUACGAUCGUGUAUCGAUUGAUCCAUGCAUCUCUGCCUUGAUGCAUAAGAUCACUCGUCACCGACAGUAGUCAUAAGAAAUAAAACUCCACAAUUUAAGAUCGAAUAGCAAUCUUCAAUAGUGGCAAAAGUGAUAAAUUGGCGAUCUUGUAUCGAUCAAUGAUCCAAGGUGGCCAAAAGGAUAUGCAUACCAUGUAUUAGCAGAAACUUGUAAAUAUUUUCUGCAUAUAUACAUAACGUUGAUUUUUUAUAUAUAAUACGUCGAUCGAAACCAAAACAACUUUAGGCAAUCAAUUAGAAAAAGGUACGUUAAGAUAAUCUUCAGUGCACUUCUUUGUGAUAAGCAAUUCUCGCCCUGUAGUGAAUGGCCAUUUUCCUCUCGACGGACAAAGAAAAGACGGAUGGCUAUUUGUGUACGGUAAACGCGAAUGCUCAUCAAAGAAUAAUGAGUUAGUGUGUAAAUUUUAGUUUUUUUUUUACCCCAAUUGGUGCUAAUCUCGCAAUCUGAUUUGCUAAUUCGCCGU